CCUAGUUGGUCACCUCAAGUCAAGCUUCUCCGGCGUCCUCUUCCACCUCUUCGCCGUCGGAGGUGGAGGUCGUCACCGCCGACGGCCUCUCCUAGGACCUCACCUCCCCUACUUCCGCUUCUCCCCCGCAGUCCAUCCGCUGUCCCGCACAAGGCAUGUGGUAAGGGGAAGUUGAGCUGGAAGUGGCCAUUAUCAGAAUGGAUGCAAGUAGUGAGAAUAUCCAGUUCUCAUGGGGAAACAAGAGAGCAAAAAAUCGUCUUAAGAUGGAUACACAGUUCUAUGGUUCCUUCACAUUUGACAAUGUGAACUACUCAUUGUAUGACUGUGUGUAUCUUUUUAAAAAUGGUGAACCUGAACCGUACAUUGGAAAGAUAUUAAAGAUAUGGCAGCAAAAUCAAGCUAAGAAAGUAAAGAUUCUUUGGUUUUUCUCCCCGGAUGAUAUCAGAAGUUACUUAAGCGGUCCUGUGGCGGAGAAGGAGAUAUUUCUUGCUUCUGGUGAUGGCACUGGCCUUGCUGAUAUCAAUCCACUGGAAGCUAUUGCUGGAAAAUGCACUGUUGUUUGCCUUUCAAAGGAUGAGAGGAAUCGCCAGCCUACUCCAAGGGAACAAGAAGUUGCUGAUUAUAUCUUCUGUAGGUUCUUCGAUGUCGGAAACUGUACACUUUCUGAUAAAGUACCUGAAAAAAUUGGAGGGCUGGAAGUCAACAGUCUGCUUAAUCCUAAAGACGCGCAAGUUACAUGCUAUCCGGAUCAGGAUACGCAAGGUGUGGAUCAGAAGUUGGGUGCAGGUCUGGUUGCACCCCUUCCACAGUCAGCGGUUGAGAUGGAGGAUGAAAAUCCAGUUGCUGCAGUGACCCCUCCCCAGUCAGGGGCUAUUCCUCUCCCUCCAGCAGUCAAAGAGGAGGAUAAAGCAAAGGUUGCUGCCGUUCCUCUCCCCCCAGCAGUUAAGGAGGGUGUUCCCAAACCAACACAAGAUAUUCCUAAACGCACACAGAAAGAUCUUUCUGAGAAGAUGCCUUCCAAGAAGUUGAAAUUAUCCCAAGAUCCUACUGGACCGAGUGUGGCCCCAGUUCCUGACGUGAAAGUUCGCCCUGGUCCUCUGGAACUAACGACAAGACAGGCUGUUGACCGAAGCAAAUGGUUCAAACCUCUUCCAUGGCAUGAGGAACUACGAGUGUCUGAUGAGGAGGGGAGACUGGUGUAUAUCCAGAAUCUGGACAUACAGUUUGCAGCUUCUGACAUAGAGGAACUUAUUCGUGAGGCUCUUCAACUAACUUGUAGAGCUCGGCCUAUAAACCACCCGACCUAUGAUGAUCCCAACAAUGGAAAAGCUUAUGCUGUAUUUAAAUCUAAAAAAGCUGCUGAUGUUGCUAUUUCGAAGAUCAAUUCAGGCUUGGUAGUGGGUGGAAGACCACUUUACUGCAGCAAAGGGUUACUUAAGAUUAAAAAACCUUCAGGAGCUCUAGUUGGGCACUUAACCAUCAGUAAUCAAAAAACGAGUCGAAGACAACAAGAAGACCAGAAGAAGGCAGUAUCGACUUCACAUUGCUCUCAACCCAACACAAUAGAAUAUGACCUGGCAUUGGACUGGAUGCUUGUCCGAGAAAAGCAAGCAAGAAAGUUCAGUAUACUUCAUAAGAAGCACGCAGAUGAGAGGAAGUAGUUUGCAGCAAAGAUUGGGAAGUAGCGUUAUUGGAAUUGCUUAACCAAACGAGAACCAGCCUGUUUUUCUGCGUAUCAGCUGUUGGAUGGGGUUCUCAACUGAUUAUCAUCCCUUGGAUCUUGGUGUGUUGUUGUCACCUGAAGCAACACCUACCUGCAAGUUUUGUCGCAAUGGCAACGUUAUGGGUCAAUGGUUUAUCUUUUUGGCUUCAACUCUGUUGAAUUCCGAGGGGAAAUCUAACUGCACAUUAGGAU